GAGAGAACGAGCGAGACGCGAAAAAAGAAGCCGCCGCGCGCGCGUCGCAGCCACACCGCCGCGAGCGCUUGCCCGGAGAGGCGUCUUCUACAGCAGCGGCGAGGAAGAGGAGGAGGAAGAAAGAGGAGAAGCGCACCUCAAGCAGCCAUGUCCGUGGUGGGCAUCGACCUGGGCUUCCAGAACUGUUACAUCGCGGUGGCCCGGAGCGGCGGCAUCGAGACCAUCGCCAACGAGUACAGCGACCGCUGCACCCCAGCUUGUAUAUCACUAGGAUCUAAAGCACGGAGUAUUGGAAAUGCAGCAAAGAGCCAGGUCAUCACAAACAUUAAGAAUACAUUGCAUGGAUUCAAAAAAUUACAUGGGAGGGCAUUCGAUGAUCCUUUUAUAAAAGCUGAAAGAGUCAAACUGCCAUAUGAACUUCAAAGGUUGCCUAAUGGGAGUGUGGGAGUGAAGGUACGAUACUUGGAUGAAGAGAGACCAUUUGCAAUUGAACAGAUUACAGGCAUGUUAUUGGUUAAGCUUAAAGAGACAUCGGAAAGUGCACUUAAGAAACCUGUAGCAGAUUGUGUUAUUUCAAUCCCAAGUUUCUUUACUGAUACUGAGAGAAGGUCUGUAAUGGCAGCUGCACAAGUAGCGGGUUUAAACUGCCUGAGGCUGAUGAAUGAAACUACAGCAGUUGCUUUGGCCUAUGGAAUUUAUAAACAGGAUCUUCCAGCCCCAGAGGAGAGACCAAGGAAUGUGGUUUUUGUAGAUCUGGGACACUCUUCAUACCAGGUUUCUGUUUGUGCUUUUAACAAAGGAAAACUAAAGGUGUUAGCUACUGCAUUUGACCCUUUUUUGGGUGGCCGAAACUUUGAUGAGGCUUUGGUAGAUUACUUCUGUGAAGAGUUUCGAACUAAGUAUAAACUGAAUGUGAAGGACAAUGCUCGAGCUCUUCUGCGCUUAUAUCAAGAGUGUGAAAAACUGAAGAAGCUCAUGAGUGCUAAUGCAUCUGAUCUCCCCAUGAACAUAGAAUGCUUCAUGAAUGAUAUUGAUGUGUCAAGUAAAAUGAACAGGGCUCAGUUUGAACAGUUGUGUGCAUCUCUUCUGGGCAGAGUGGAACCUCCUUUGCGAGCAAUGAUGGAUCAAGCUAAACUCCAGCGUGAAGAUAUAUAUAGUAUCGAAAUAGUAGGUGGAGCUACUCGAAUCCCAGCAGUGAAGGAGCAAAUUUGUAAAUUCUUCUGUAAAGAUAUAAGUACCACACUAAAUGCAGAUGAAGCUGUUGCAAGAGGUUGUGCGUUGCAGUGUGCAAUUCUUUCUCCAGCCUUUAAAGUCCGUGAAUUUUCCAUCACAGAUGUUGUUCCUUAUUCAAUUACUCUGAGGUGGCAGUCAUCUUAUGAGGAAGGAACAGGUGAAUGUGAAGUCUUCAGUAAAAAUCACGCUGCUCCAUUUUCAAAAGUUAUUACUUUCCACAAGAAGGAACCUUUUGAGCUGGAAGCAUUUUACACCCAUCCACAUGACAUUCCUUACCCUGAUACAAGAAUAGGUCAUUUUGUUAUUCAGAAUGUUGGACCCCAACAUGAUGGUGACAAUUCCAAAGUGAAGGUUAAAGUACGUGUAAAUAUCCAUGGCAUCUUUAGUGUGGCUAAUGCGUCUAUAAUAGAGAAGCAAAAUGGAGACAAUGAUCCCAGUGAUGUAUCUAUGGACACAGAAUUGUCCUGUAAGAAUCAAAGCAAAGAUGAGCUGGCUAAAAUGCAGGUUGAUCAUGAUGAUGGCAAUCACAAGAACCAAACUGAACAGCAGAAUCAGGCAGAUGAAGAAGGUGAUCAUAUAGGAGCUGAAGGAAAGACUGCUUCAGGAGACAAGCUUGAUACAAGUCAGUCUGGCAAAGCGAAAGCAAAGAUGAAGAGUAUUGAUUUACCUAUCCAAGUUAACUUAUACAGACAGGUGGGACAGGACCUCAUUAAUUCCUUCAUUGAAAAUGAGGGGAAGAUGAUGAUGCAAGAUAAGUUGGAGAAGGAGAAAAAUGAUGCCAAAAAUGCUGUUGAAGAAUACGUGUAUGAACUGAGAGAAAAGUUGUGUGGUGUCUAUGAAAAAUUCAUCACAGAAGAUGAUUCAAGGAAGAUAACUUUAAUGCUAGAGGAUACAGAGAACUGGCUUUAUGAAGAUGGAGAAGACCAACCAAAACAUAUAUAUGUAGAAAAGCUUCAGGAAAUGAAAAAACUGGGAGGUCCUAUUCACGAGAGAUAUAUGGAACAUGAAGAAAGGCCAAAAGCUUUAAAUGAUUUGGGAAAGAAACUCCAGCUGCUCAUGAAGGCUGUAGAAGGAUAUAAAAAUAAGGAUGAAAAAUAUGAUCAUAUUGAUGCUGUUGACAUGGAAAAAGUUGAAAAGUGCACUAAUGAGGCUAUGAAUUGGUUGAAUUCAAAAAUGAAUGCACAGAACAGACUGAGCUUGACACAGGAUCCUGUUGUGAAAGUGGCAGAAAUAAUGGCAAAAUCUAAGGAUCUGGAUAGUGUAUGUAAUCCUAUUCUAUGCAAGCCUAAACCCAAGGCGGAACCACAAGGUCAAGCAACAUCUAAUAAUGAACACAAUGGACCAAUGAAUGGACAGAGUGGUGCUGACACAAAAGCAGAGGACAGUUGCCAGCAGUCUAAAUCAUCUGAAGAAAUGGAUGUGGACUAAGUUUUUCAUUCCUUUCAGUCCAUUAAAACAGUGCAAGUAAUCCAAGGGUCCAUCUUUCUUUCAUGUCUGAUUUAUGUUACAUAUGUUCAGUUACUUAGCCAACUUUCUGUCCUUUGUUGUUUGCAGUAGGUUUGAAAGUGUUUUUUCAAUUGACUGCAUUCCCAUUGUUCAUUCCAUUAAUGCUGCUUACUUGGAGCUUUAGUUGAAUGUAGAUUGUAAAAGUCAAUUUAAGCUUUCCCAAUAUAUUUUAUAUCAAAUACACAGAAUUGAUAUAUAAAUGACAACAAUCUACCUUAUUUAAAGCUUUUAUUGUGGGUAAGUCUCUGCUCCUUUAUUCAGGAAAGACCACUGUAUUGCACUAUUGAUGCUGAAGUGUAGAUCUUUACAUCAUUAUUUUGGAAGAUAAUGGAUUUGAUAUGGCUUAAAUGUUGCCACUUGAAGCACUGACCUUUUUCUAGUUGUUGUAUUGUUCUAAUUUAAAUAUUAAAAUAUAGGUUAGCUGGCAAACUAGUUCAUCUUAUUGAUGUACCAUGAAAAAUUGUAAGAACCUUGUAGACAACAUUUAAGGCUUGAAAGAAGCUCAUACCAGCAGCAUUCUUUGUCAUAACACAAACACCAUAACUCAAAAUAAAGGUCAUGGUCUCCAUGUAUACACAGUCCUCUAUAUCAUAUUUUGUGUUGAUGCUGAGGCACUAUUACACAUUAAUGGAAUUUUAAUGUCCAUAAGCUGGGAGACAUGUUUCAUUUCUCUUAAGUAUGUCUGGUCUCGGUGGUUUAACUUUAUCCUUAAUAUUGCCUCUGCAUGCUUUUAAAAUACAUCCUCCUUACAGAAAAAACAACAAAAAACAAGAACAACAGAACGUACACAUUGAAAAUCCUUAUCAAGAAGUAUGAAUCUUAUCUGUAUCAGUAUUUCUCACAAAAGCACUUCUGUUCUACUUGGCAAAAUGAUUUUCUGUUUUGGAGUCUGUGCUUAGACAAGGGUCAAAGUUAUUAACAAAAAUCCUAGGCAUCGUUUUCUGGUAACAUUUAGCAAAGGCACAUACUUUUCUUGUAACAUUUGGCAUAGUAAGUCAAAAGACACAUAAAAUAGAAGUAUUUAAACAUAACGCUAUUGGUACAGUUCUUAGGUAAUAACCAGUCUGAGGAGCUGCUUAACUCAGCUGCCUUGAAACAUGGGCAGCUGCCAGUUCUUCAUCAGCAUGAAGAAAUCUUAAUCUGUUUGAAUGCCACCUGUUGGUAUAUUAGCUAAGCUUUGUCCUUCUGAAUGAUGUUCAGGUGACUCGGUUGUUCUUUCCAUAUUGCUACUACUAUGCAAGGUUUAUUACAGAAUAUUUCAAAUUGCUCAAUCAUUUUUCCUAGUUCUUGUGUAAGUAAUCAGAAUAUGUAGACCACAAUGUAUGCAAAAAAACUUUACUUUGCAAGUUAUCUGAAUCUGCAGUUUUCAGAUAAAGGAUGACGGUGGACAGACUUUUCUUAUGUGAUAAACAAUCCACUGCUACUGUCUAAAACAUUGUGCAGCUCUGCAUGUGCAAUGGCAACAAUGUCAUGAACAGUAACAAAUCACUGCUGAUUCAUGUCUUCCAUGGGUGAUUUCUAGGUACUAAUGACUUUAUCACAUUGUGCACAAGUGCACCCCAAAAUUGUACUUAAUCAGCAGCAGCCAAAUACCUAAACCACUGAGCUAUUCAUCAGCUGGACCCAGUCUUCCUCCACAUGCAGGCUCACUGCAUCCCUCUGCAGGAUGGAUGCCAUUGGGGACAUAACCAUAUGGCCUCUAAUAGUAUUACAUCCCUGGCCAAAGUCCUGAGAAGAGCUGCUUCACCUGGCAGUUCUGCGAGGGACUGACCUGCAUAUUCUUGCCUUUCCCUACAUGAAGAAGGUAAAGGAAAGCAUUUUCAGCCAGUCCCUGCAAAUGUUGCAUAACCAGCAGCAGUGCUGGUUUCCACAGGGGACAACUUUAUGCUCCUGGGACCAGGGAUAGUCUUGAAAAUUAAAGUAUGGAAAUAUAAAAAAAAAUGUUUCUGGAAGCCCAAUUACAGUCUCUCUUUUGUGCUUUGGGAGGGACUUCACUCAGUUUUAUUGCAAUUGCUGGAGACUCUUGCAAGCAGAAAAUGACAUUUAAAAAAAAUUAGGGUUUUCCACAGGCCACAAAGAUGGACUGCAGUCCUGAGAAACACUUAAACCAUCCCUGUCUUUCAAGGAGCAGUAGUAGUACAUAAGUGAUGUUACAUGGGCUAGAGUCUUUUUCCAUACCUAACAUUUUGCAAAAUAUAGGCAAGUGCCACAACACUAACAUAUGUUUAUUUUAUUUAUUACAUUUAUACCAAACACUUCCACUAUAAGAUGGUGUUCAGAUGGGUUACAACUUCAAAAAAACAACAACAUAUUACUAUAAUAAUGCUAAUGAGGGGAGAAUGCUUCUUUCUGAGAAUAAAAAAAUCUGAACUCAAAAGUGUUUAGUGUAAUUUUGCCUGCUUUUCCCUGUCUUAAAAAAUCUGGGAUAACUGAGGUUCAUCAUUUUGUGUUUUAUUUAAGAGAGUGUGUCCUAAGAAGAAAUGUGACUUGUACAAUUAUGGCCCACUUGAUCUAGGACUUGGGCAAGCACUAAAUAAUCCAACAAAAAUUGCAUAUUAGUUUACUUAAGACAAGGGUAGCCUUGUGACUUGUAGACUGCAUCCAACCUCUCAAUGUCACAUGGUUCCCCAAACCCCCAAUAUGUUCAUUAAAAAAAUAUGACUUGCAAAAUACCCUUAUGCCUUUUGGGGUGGGUGGGAGACACAUUUGGCACUUUGGAGGGCACUAGAAGGUAUGAGAGAACUUUUUCUAUUAACAAAAACUACCUUUCAAAAAUAACUAUUUGGGGGCUAAGCAGGAAGUAGAGCUCUUGGGUCCAGAGGUGGGCAUGUGCAAGCUAAGAUGUGCAGUCUGUCUUCUUUACAGUUCUAGAGUGGAUAAAUAGAACUGAAGAAAAAGUUUAAUGCUAUCUGAUUUUACUCCUUCAGGAUCUCUUCUCUCACAGCAGCAGAAAUUGGAAUAUGAAAACUUAAUUGUCCUGUGUGCUUUUUGUU